CAGCAAUAUUUAUGACACCUCAACGUGCGGCUCAGGUGAAAUAACAAUGACCUGGUUACUGUCAUUGUGGAUCAACACAAUGGUUACAAGGUUUGUUUAGAGGGUCCUUUCGGCGAUUUCUUUUAAAAUCAAGGCGGUCUCCCGUGACUCUACGUGUAUAAAUGCAAGCUCUGGAAUAGUAUCAACCACAGGUGUGAUAUUGCAGUGUCAUCGGACACAAUUGUAUGCGGACCGAGAGACAUUAAGAUAAAUACAGCUCACUACCAAUACAGUAAGACAUAUAGGACUAUAUACAGUACGGAUACUAUACCAGUACCUCAGUAGUAGAAUAGCACGCCGCUAUGGGGGGUAUGUGGUCCAGUGGGUAUGCACUGCCAACCCAGCCACCUCCCCCUGCCGACCUAGACGCCGAAGUGAACAAAACUGACUACGCAGAUCUCGCCAAGUACGACUGGCCAUUUGAAAACUUGGUUCUGGAAGGCGGCGGCACUAAGGGGACUGCAUACCCUGGGGCUUUACAGGUUUUAGAAGAUGUCGGUAUACUACAGAGUAUCAAGAGAUUUGGUGGGGCUAGCGCAGGGGCGUGCGUCGCAGGUCUACUCAGUCUUGGAUAUAAACCGGGAGACAUCGCCGCCCUGCUGAAUCUGGACCAGAAGUCUAUAACUGACGAUGCCUGGGGAGGUUAUCUCUCAUUGUUGCCGAAUUUUUUGCGUAUGUUUGGCUGGAACCCUGGAGAGAAAUACCUGAGCGUACUGAAAAUGUAUGUAGAACAUAAAACAGGAAACCCAGACUACACGUUCAAACAGUUAUAUGACGAUAAGAAAGUUGAAUUGUGUAUUAUCUGCGCCAAUGUCAGUAAAAAGGGCAUUGAAUAUUUCCACCCUAAGACAACACCGGAUGUUCCCAUUGCGCUUGCGAUGCGCAUGUCAGCAAGUAUUCCAGGCUACUUCCAACCAAAAGUCAUAGAGAUAAAGGGACGUAAACAUUACUACGUUGACGGAGGAAUGCUCUGUAACUAUCCCAUCCAUGCCUUCGACGGUUGGUUUCUGUCUCUAAGACCAAAAGAUACAUUCUUCAAAAAAUUGGGAACAGAGGAGGAUCCCUUUGACAGGCCGACUGGAGAGCCAUCUGGUGACCCGAACGUGAGGCACAGACAUGAGACAAUAGGAAUGGUGCUGUAUUCCACAGAUGAACUUGAUUUGAUGAAAGUGGGAACAAACACACGAGAUCUCGCGGAGAAAGCCACAAGGCAGAGACCGGACACUCCCCUGGCAAAGCUUCGAGGACAAAUGAUGGACGAAGUAAAAUCCGAAGUGGACAGGAAAUCUCAAGUCAUCCAUGCCGCUCAGUCUUUGUUUCGGUCAUUUGCUGAAAACGACUUAAACCGAGAUGGGAGAAUCAGUCUAACUGAAUACCAACGGGCUAUGAAAGAGCUCCAGAGCCGGGAUCCAACGUCAGUUCGUGUUCUGUUUGGCGAUUCGUUUGAUAUGGAUGCCUCAUUUACCGAGCUAGAUUAUAACGAAGACAAAAUGGUAACGGCCACUGAAUUCAUGACAUUUUUGGAGAAUAAAGGCGUUGUCAGUCCUCUGGAAUAUAUCCUUGACGUCUCCAACACGCCCAUCCAGUCUCUGCAGGACUACAUAGGAGCUUUAUUGUCCACAUACGACGUCUCGUCGCAAAGGCAAUAUGUUAAGGCUUCCGAUUCUGAGCGUACAAUAGGUAUCUGCACAGACUAUAUUAGUACGCUAGACAUGGACAUGGAGGAACAAGACAAAAUUUUCCUGCGAAAGCAAGGGCGAUCCGGAACUACGGCAUUUUUAAGGGAAUAUGCCAAAAAGUGUAAUAUCCCACUGAAAACUGAGGAGUGAUUCUGCACUCUGGACAUGUUACCGGCAGCAGCCGACAAACCACGUGCUUGUGCUGCCUACCAUAGGCCAUCCGCGCGAUGACGUCGUUUUUGUUAAAAAAAUUUGCUUCAGCAAAGAAGUGUGCACAUAAUACUAUCCAGAAAAUAUCUGUCAAUAUCUGUUCAAAUAUUUUCCCUGUGACCCUGGUAGAGGGUUAUGUGCUUGGAUAAUAUAUUAUAAUUUAUUCUCAUUGUGCUAUUCUAUCUGGGUCGUGGUUUGCGUCCAAAAGAUAACUCUUAGAUUGAAAUGCUGGGUUACAGUUAGAGCUGGGUUACCAUAAAGAGUAUAUUUUAUCAUGCACAUCACAGAACGUUGAAGAGAGAAGAAUAACGUGUGGAAUGGAAACUCGUCCAGAUAAAUAUCAUGAGCUUAUGUUAAUAAGCAGUAGUCAUGUUCAUUAACGGGCUAAGUGUUGGGGUUUUUUUCGUUUGGUCGUUUACACUUAGAUGCAUAAUAGAAAAGACCGAGAAUAGGAAUGAGUUUUAUGACUAUGCAAAACGAUUCCAGUGAGUUGUAAUGGUG